GUGAUCAGAUGACCAAACAGAUUGGUCGGUCGGUUGGGCAAGCAGUGAUACAAGCCUAAAAGAAAGGUAAUUUCUGCUUUCCUUCGCCUUGGAGGCAGUGUUGGAAGAAAAGCCUUCCGUUGGAGUGAGAUGCUCUAAUAGCACUGCUAUUUCAGACAUCAACAUAAUGUCAGGCAACAGCUUGGUUCUACCCAUAGUGCUCUGGGGUCGCACAGCUCCCACCCACUGCAUCAGCAGCCUGCUGGUGAUGGAUGACUUUAGCACCAUCAUCACUGGCUGCCACGAUGGACAGAUCUGCCUCUGGGACAUGACUCCUGAGCUGGAGAUUUGUCCCAGGGCCAUGUUGUUUGGUCAUACAGCCUCAAUCACCUGUCUGUCUAAAGCUAGUGCGUGCAGUGAUAAACAGUACAUUGUCAGUGCAUCUGAGAGUGGAGAAAUGUGUUUAUGGGAUGUGAACGAUGGACGCUGCAUUGAGUUUACCAAGUUGGCCUGUGCACACACUGGCAUACAGUUCUAUCAGUUUACAAUUGGCACUCAGAGGGAGGGACGGCUGCUUUGUAAUGGCCAUUAUCCAGAAAUCCUUGUGGUGGAUGCCACCAGCCUGGAGGUCCUGUACUCUCUAGUUUCUAAAAUCUCUCCUGACUGGAUCAGUUCCAUGAGCAUAAUCCGGUCCCAUCGCACACAAGAGGACACUGUGGUGGCUGUGUCUGUGACGGGCAUUUUGAAGGUCUGGAUCAUAACAGCUGAGGUCAGCAGGAUGCAGGAUCUGGAUCCUGUAUUUGAAGAGGAGUCCAAACCCAUCUACUGUCAGGGCUGUCAGAGUAUUUCCUUCUGUACCUUCACUCAAAGCAGCCUGCUGGUCGUCUGCUCCAAGUACUGGAGGGUGUUUGAUGCAGGUGACUACUCGUUGCUCUGCUCAGUGUCCAAUGACAAUGACCAGGCCUGGACCGGAGGUGAAUUCAUCGCUGCAGAUAAAGUCAUCAUCUGGACUGAGGAUGGCUGCAGUUACAUCUACAAGCUGCCUGCCAGUUGUCUACCUGCUAGUGAACAUUUCCGCAGUGAUGUUGGAAAAACCAAAGAAGGCUCAAUCCCUCCGUUGGUCUACAGCAUUGCUGACCGCUCUGACAAACAGCUCCUCAUCUGUCCUCCUGUGACUCGGUUCUUUUUCGGCCGGCGGGAGCCCUUCCACAAACUCCUGAUCCAGGGAGACUCAGCAGGCAGACUGUCCCUCUGGAGCAUCCCAGACACCUCACCUCUGCAGCCGCUGUCCACCUCUGCAGAGCUGCAGGUGUCGUCCACCAUCAGUCUCCAGGAGGCAUUUGAUAAGUUGACCCCAGUGUCUGCUGGGAUUAUCGACCAACUCAGCGUCCUGCCUGGCAAAGAAGAACCCAUUAAGGUGACAGCCAGCGUCUACAUCCCCUCUCAAGGUCGCCUGGUAUGCGGGAGAGAAGACGGCAGCAUCAUCCUGGUUCCUGCCACUCAGACUGCCAUUGUCCAGCUGCUGCAGGGGGAGCACAUGCUCAGGAGAGGCUGGCCCCCCCACCGCACGCUGCGUGGCCACCGGAACAAGGUGACCUGCGUCCUGUAUCCGUACCAGAUCUCCCCCCGCUAUGACCAGCGCUCGCUGGUGUCAGGAGGGGUGGACUUCUCCGUCAUAGUCUGGGAUAUUUUCACCGGAGAGAUGAAACACAUCUUCUGCGUCCACGGAGGAGAGAUCACCCAGCUCAUUGUCCCACCAGAAAACUGCAGCACUCGGGUGCAGCACUGUGUUUGCUCGGUGGCCAGUGACCAUUCUGUGGGCCUGCUCAGUCUAAGAGAGAGGAAGUGCAUCAUGCUGGCGUCACGACACCUUUUUCCCAUCCAAGUCAUCAAGUGGCGCCCGGCAGAUGACUACCUGGUGGUGGGAUGCUCCGAUGGCUCGGUCUAUGUGUGGCAGAUGGAUACAGGAGCCUUGGACCGCUGUGUGAUGGGCAUUACGGCAGUGGAGAUCCUGAACGCCUGCGAUGAGCUGGCCCCGGCCACGGUGGACGCUCUGAGCCACUCUGCGGUGAACUUGAAGCAGGCGAUGACUCGUCGCAGCCUGGCAGCACUGAAGAACAUGGCCCAGCACAAGUUGCAGACACUGGCCACCAACCUCCUGGCUGCAGACAAUGCUGACAAGGGCAACUUGCCAAAAUACUCCCACAACGCCCUGGUGGUCCAGGCGAUGAAGAUCAACCUGACGGACCCCGACAUGCAUGUGCUGUUCUUUGACGUGGAGGCCGUGAUCAUCCAGCUGCUGACAGAGGAAGCCCAAAGACCGAACCCCACGCUAGUGUCUCCAGAAACCCUGCAGAAGAGCCAGGCCGGGGCUGACAAGGGGGGGUCCUUUCUGGCCAACAAAAUCUUCAAACAGGUAAAGGAGACCAUGAAGGAGACUAUUAAAGAGCACCUGCUGGAUGAAGACGAGGAGGAAGAAGAGGAGAUGAGGAGGCGUGAGGAGAAGUCCAAGUCUCUGAGUCUGCUGGAGUACAACCUGACCAUGGACACAGCAAAACUCUUUAUGUCCUGCCUGCACGCCUGGGGCCUCAAUGAACAGCUGGACGGCAUCUGUCUGGAGCGACUGGGCAUGCUCAGACCGCACUGUCCCAUCUCCUUCGGCCUGAUCUCCAGAGGAGGUCACAUGUCCCUAAUGCUCCCCACCUUCAAGGAGUCCUUGCUGCGUCAGCUGUCCCUGGCAACAGGUCGGAAGCUCACUCUGUCAGACAUCGUGGGGAAGGGGACGUACGGAGUGUCGAGGGCCGUCACAACUCAGCACCUUCUGUCCGUCAUCUCCCUGGCCAACACCCUGAUGGGCAUGACCAACGCCACCUUCGUUGGAGAGCACAUGAAGAAAGCACCUGCCAGGCCUCCCAGACCAGGAGGAACCCCGGAGACUCCUCGCAGGACGCCUGCCGCCCCCCCUCAGCCCUCCAACCCGGCGCUACAGGCCCAGAUCAAACAAGCUGCUGUAGCGGCCACAGCCAACACCAGCACUGCUGCCACUGCUGGGGCUCUAGGGGCCCCUGGAGGCCUUCCUCAGGGGGCCCCUGGCUAUCAUAACAUCCCCUCAGUCAACGAAGGAUGGAGCCAGCUGGCAGCCAUGCACUGUGUGAUGCUCCCCGACCUCCUUGGCCUGGACAAGUUCAGACCUCCUCUGCUGGAGAUGCUGGCACGGAGAUGGCAGGACCGCUGUCUGGAGGUGCGAGAAGCGGCACAAGCUCUUUUGCUGGCUGAACUAAGAAGGAUCGGCCAGUCAGGGCGUAAGGACACCAUCGACUUGUGGGCUCCCUACUUGCCUCAGUAUGUGGACACAGUUAGCUCCCCUGCGACGGGCACUGAGCCCUCCCCUCCUGCCCCACCCCCUCCCGAAGCUCAGCCAAUAGAAGCCAAGGCUCCGGAGGAGGAAAUGGACGUCACUGAUGAUGACAUCACGGCAGGCUGUCUAUCAAACCUUCCCCCGAACGCCAAGAAGAUCUCCAACUCUUAUGAGGAGCGCCGUAAACAGGCCACCGCCAUUGUGCUGCUGGGAGUCAUCGGAGCUGAAUUCGGCGCGGAGAUCGAACCUCCGAAGGGCUCGGCACGAGCCCGAACUGGUGGACAGGCACCCGAAGGUUUUGGCCUGACAAGUGGAGGGUCAUCCAACUAUUCACUGGCCAGACACACAUGCAAAGCACUGACCUUCCUGCUGCUGCAACCCCCCAGCCCCAAGCUGCCUCCCCACAGCACCAUCCGGCGCACCGCCAUUGAUCUAAUUGGUCGAGGCUUCACUGUUUGGGAGCCCUAUAUGGACGUGUCGGCUGUGCUCAUGGGACUUCUGGAGCUGUGCGCCGAUGCAGAGAAGCAGUUGGCCAAUAUUACUAUGGGUUUGCCCCUCAACCCGCCUGCAGAUUCAGCUCGCUCGGCCCGGCAUGCCCUCUCUCUUAUUGCUACUGCCCGGCCCCCUGCCUUCAUCACAACCAUCGCAAGAGAGGUCCAUCGGUACAACGCAGCUCAGGCUAACUCUCAGUCGCAGCAGAACGUUCACACCACCACGCUGGCCAGGGCCAAGACCGAGAUCCUUCGAGUGAUUGACAUCCUGAUAGAGAAGAUGCCCGGGGAUGUCGUGGAUCUGCUAGUUGAAGUCAUGGAUAUCAUCAUGUAUUGCAUUGAAGGUUCUCUGGUGAAGAAGAAGGGACUGCAGGAGUGUUUCCCAGCUAUUUGCAAGUUUUACAUGGUUGGUUACUGUGACCGCAGCCACCGCAUUGCAGUCGGAGCUCGCCAGGGCUCAGUGGCCCUCUACGACGUUCGUACUGGAAAAUGCCAGAACAUCCAUGGUCAUAAGGGCCCAAUCACGGCAGUGUCCUUCGCUCCCGAUGGCCGUUACCUAGCGACCUACUCCAACGCUGACAGCCACAUCUCGUUUUGGCAGAUGAACACCAGUCUGCUGGGCAGCAUCGGGAUGUUGAACUCAGCUCCUCAGCUCCGCUGCAUCAAGACGUACCAGGUUCCUCCGGUCCAGCCGGCGUCCCCGGGAUCCCAGAAUCACCUUAAGCUCGCCCGCCUCAUCUGGACCUCCAACCGCAACGUCAUCCUGAUGGCUCACGAUGGCAAGGAGCAUCGCUUCAUGGUCUAAACUGGCAGACCUGGGCCGUGUUUUAGGGAUGUUGCUGUGAGGUGGAUUCUGUAAAGGUGCAGCCUGGUUUCAGCCAGUGGUUACUUUAGUUUUAGCUCCCAACAUGCAGCAUCUGAGCUGUCUUACAAGAGGUUUUAGAAGAGAAUUAACAGGAGCACGGCUGGUAGUUCAAGUGUUAUUUACUGAGACUCACUCUGUUUUUUUUUUCUUGUUGUUGUUUUUUUUUUUAAACUUAUUUUAUUUGAAUAAUCUGAAGGUAUCGAACUGCAGCUGCACCAGGAGAGUCCAACGCAGGUCAAGGCUUGAACUUUUUGUGUUUUAUGUCUUACUGUAAGUGAUGUGAGGAAACAUUAUGAUAGGUUGUGAUAGGAGGCUUGUUUACAACCUUUUUUUUUUCAGUAUGUCACAGAUCUUCCAACUGUUUCCAUUUAUUUAAACUUUUAGACAACUUAUUAUUAAAUGUUUUUACUCAUUGUAGACAUUUUUGAAUUUAAUUUUGAGAAACUUGAAGGAACAUGGAGGAGAUUUCUAAAAUGAAUUUCUCAUUCUCAUUGUUGGAAUGAUUCAUUUCUAAGCCGGCCUGUUGAAGGCUGCCGUUUACUCCCACCUCUCCCAGACCAGUACACGCUUUUCGCAUUUCAAACUGCAUAAAUGCGUGCGAGGGAGUUCUGCGGUGCUUGCUUUUGUGACACCUUGGAAGCUUUUCCAUCGUCUCUGAGCGUCACACUGAAAUGCAUGUGUAUGCGUUAGCACCCAAGUGUAUUUUCACUGUUAAAUACACAUUCUCACUUCAGACUGCUGGUCCUAAAAGCACCAUCCCAGUCAACUUUUAGGUGCUGCUGGUGUAGCAGUGCUCACUACUGAUCUGUUAAAAUAAAUCAUCAUACGAUGCAAACUGAAGCAUAUUACUUUAGUAACAUAAAUUGUAUUUUGAUUUUUUUCCCUCCAUUUUUGUCUUCCACCUCUUUAUGUUGACUUUCUUUAGCAAACUUUUACAGCUACUUUCCUUUAGUCAAGUAGUUAUUUUCUUCUAAACGUUCCAACGAUGGGAGAUCACUCAUCUUAUUUUUGCUUUCUUAGAUGUUUACACAUUUGAAGGAAUUACUACAAGCCUCUGUUUUCCGCGCGUUUCUGUGUUUCUUUGCAGAUGACGCUUGCUAUUUGACUGAUCGAUGUGAACACUUCCCUCCUUGCAGCUUUUCUCUUACAUUCAUCAAGCUCCCACCUGACUUCUAGAACGUUUCUCAAUAUAAAUGUGUAUAUAUUCAAAUUGUGCUUCAGAACUGCUGCGUAAUGUAUGUAGUCUGUUGAUCUUGUACAGUGAGUGUAGAUGCUGUUCGGUGUGAUAAUUUUGUGGCUUACGUAACUGUCCGUCUGGCACUGACUAGUUCUUCAAAUAAGUGAAUUUCCAACUUGUGUGAGCAAUUUUUAAACCAUCAUCCGUUUUGUUUUAGUUUUGGUUUUAACAAGAAGAAUCUUCAGGCCAGAGUUGUUAAAAUCCCAGAAGAAAGUUAUUUAUUUUUUGCUGUAUAAACAUUGCUAUCAUUCUUUAUUAAUAACAGAGGCUUGAACAAAGCUUAAUGGACUGGACCUAAGUACACCCAUUACUUCCUAUGAGGAAUGCUACCAAAUUGAAAAGUGUACAGUAUGUGUUUAAAUAGUAACAUUACAAGAACUGUAUACGUUGACUUUGCUGUCCUACAGUGGGAUUAGUGUAUUCCGAUGUGUCGUUACACCAAGACACCACAGUUGGGUGUAGUUAUAGAUGUUUAUUUACGGUUGAUGACACUUUGUUUUUGCACAUUAUCACCUUAAAUAUUGGUCUGGACCUUCUUGCUUUAAAAUGUUAGUUGUGGUAGAGUUUUAUGCAAAGAGAGAAUUCUAUAAAGCUAUAUAUAAAUAUAUAUGAAACUCUAUAAAGAUAAAGACCACCUAAGAUAAAGUAUAUAUGUAUAUACCGUAUACUGCUUUAUAGGGUUCCAUUUUUGUGAUUCUUAGUGGCAGAAAAGUUAGAUGAGUUUGGUUUCGGGUUCAGGCAUACUUGCUCUGAUUAUGUAUUUCUCACCCUUCACUUCCUUUCCUCCCCUUCUCUGCCCUCCUUCCUGUCCUUCCUCCAUCUCCUGCCAGUUUCAUUAGUGCUGUCAAAAAGCUUCUAACACCGUUACGCACCUGUAAACCGGAGCGUGUCAAAGCUUUUCACAAGUCCUUCCUGUUCACCCCCCUCCCCUCCCCUCCCCCAAAACAAAAAUAAAUAAAUAAAUAAUAAUAAAAAAAAAGCAUCUCGUCUGACGGAUUCCUGAAAACACACACACAUACACGUCAAGUCGAGCAGGUCCUGACAGCUUUGAGAUCUUAAUCUUUCGUUUCCUCCACCACUCUUAACAGUUUGAGAAAAUAUGUUUUGGCCACGUCUCGGGGGAGGAAGGGUGAGAAAAAUAAAGAAGGCGGAGAGGAAACUGAGGAGUAAGUAACAAGGGAGGAAGAUCAGGCCAUCCACCCAGAAAAAAAAUGUUCUGCGGUAAAGGUAGUGAACCAAAAUGUCCAAAAAACCUCCUGGGGUUUUCCACAACAAAAGGAAAAAGACAGGAAUAAAAAAUAAAAAAAAUGUCUCUAGAACAGCAGACGUUAAAAUUGCUCUCCUUUCACGUCUUUCUUUUGUGGAGUUGAUCACUUCACUCUGUUUUCACUCUGCGGCUACACGUCUUAAAAAAUAUGAUCAUGCUUCUGACUCAUUUUUAUAUGUCUGUGUGUAUGUAUGUAUUUAUUGUUUACAGUAACCUUAAUCUAGAUAUUUAAGCGAGUGUGUGUGUACUGCAUGUAAAUGAGCUUCCCUUGAUGUAACAGAGCUGAUCGGAUCUAACGUGCACCAUAUAAACAUGUGCUGUGUUCAAAUGUGUUGUUGUUGAUGAUUGUGUCUAAUAAAGAUGAAAAUGAGAAUGUC